AUGUCCUUGCCACGGCCAGGGAGCUGUUCCCCUCGCUGUAAGAAUCAGCUUCCCUAUCACGGCCAGGAGAGCCAUUCCUUCUUCAGUCAGAUUGAGCUCCCCAGUCACGGCCAGGAGUGCCGUUCCCUCUUUAAUCGAAAGAAGUUUCCCCGUCCCGGCCUGGAGAGCCAUUCCUCCUUCAAUGGAAAGAAAUUCCCCAGUCACGGCCAGGAAUGCGGUUCUAAGUGUCUGAGGUUCAACCCUGAUGCAACCGUAUGGAAGGCAAAGCAGCAGGUGCUGUGUAGUCUAACCGAAUCUCUAAGGGAUGUAUUAAACUAUGGCCUUUUCCAACCUGCUACUGACGGGCACGAUGCCAAGUUCCUGGAGGAAGAGAGGCCGCUCCGCGAAUACCCACAAUCCUUUGAGAAAGGAGUACCCUACCUGGAGUUCCGCUACAAAACCAGGGUGUACAAACAGACAAAUCUAGAUGAAAAACAGCUGGCCAAACUACACACAAAGGCCAGUCUGAAGAAGUUCAUGGACUACAUCCAGGCCGGGGCUGUGGAAAAGGUAGCCAAACUUGUAGACAAAGGCCUUGACCCCAACUACCAUGACCCUGAUACAGAAGGUGAGGAGAGCUGUGCCCGCAUUCUGCUGUAUCGAGGAGCCAAUAAGGACACAAAGAAUAACAGUGGGCAGACCCCCUUCCAGGUGGCUGUGAUGUCUGGCCAUUUUGAGCUGGGAGAAAUCAUUAAAAACCACCGUGAAUCAGACGUAGUUCCCUUUUUGGAGUCUCCAAAGUAUGCCCCCCAGAGGAGGGAGAGUUCUCGUACUCUUGGAUUGCCCCAUCCUCAUCCCUUCUUGCGGGCCAACAGUGACAACAGUAUGAACGUGCCAGACUGGAUCGCUUUUCCCAACGCUGCUGGAUCAAACCUAGUCUCCGUGCAGGGUCUAAAGCAUGGCGCCACCUUGCGUAGCUCUAGCAGUCCCCGUGGAGCACGAACCCGUUCCCCGUCCCGUGGCCGAACGGGCGACCGAGACGAUCGGAGCCGGCAAACACGGGGAAGACAAGGCGCUGGCUCUAUCAGUAGUCAGGGCACAGCAAGCGGGCAGCGGCGGCGUCUCUACAGUGCCGUGCCUGGCCGUGUUUUUGUGGCCACCCGCUCGCACUCGGCCCAGGGGGACCGUGAGAUCAGCUUCAACAAGGGAGACAAAGUCAAAGUGUUAAGUGUGGGUGAAGGAGGCUACUGGGAGGGGACGGUUCGCGGGCGCACAGGCUGGUUUCCCUCUGACUGCGUGGAGGAGGUGGCUCUCCGCAGCCUGGAGUCCCGUUCAGAGAGCCGCAGCGAGAGAGCCAAGCGACUCUUCCGACAUUACACCGUUGGAUCCUACGACAGCUUUGACGCGCCCAGUGACUAUAUAAUCAAGGAGAAGACAGUCCUCCUGCAGAAAAAAGACAAUGAAGGUUUUGGCUUUGUGCUGAGAGGAGCCAAGGCUCAGACCCCUAUAGAAGAGUUCACUCCCACCCCAGCCUUUCCAGCACUGCAGUACCUUGAGUCUGUCGACGAGGGAGGCGUGGCUUGGAGAGCUGGUCUGCGAAUGGGAGACUUCCUUAUCGAGGUGAAUGGUCAGAAUGUGGUUAAGGUGGGACACAGGCAGGUGGUCAAUAUGAUCAGGCAAGGCGGCAACAGCCUCAUGGUCAAGGUUGUCAUGGUUACCCGGAACCCUGAUAUGGAGGAAGGGGUCCGAAAGAAAAUCCCACAGCAGAGUAAAAGACUGAGCACACCGGCUAUCGCUCUGCGCUCCAAAUCCAUGACAUCAGAACUGGAAGAGAUGGUGGACAGAGCCUCUGCCCCAUGGAAAAAAAAAUCAGAGUUCGAGUCUUCACAAGCUACAGAGAAGAAGAGGACAGUUUAUCAGAUGGCUUUGAAUAAACUGGAUGAGAUUUUAGCAGCAGCACAGCAGACCAUCAGUACCAAUGAGGCCCCAGGGCCCCGGGUUCAGGGGAUAAAAAGAGAACGGGGCAGAGGCUUAUAUAAUGAGCCAAGUUUCGACCAAUCGGGAAUGGGGAUAACAUCAUCUGGGGCAGGGCUAGGCUAUGACCGUGGUCAAUUUGUGUCUGGCCACGGCCCCCCGCACGGUAUGCUGCGACAGAAGUCUAUCGGGGUUCCAGAGGAGGAAAAGCAGUUGCUUCAUCCUCCAGCCAUGAAGUUUGCCCGCAGUCUUUCAGUACCUGGCCCAGAUGACAUCCCUCCUCCCCCUACUACAGCUCCCCCUGAGCCCCCUUUCUCCUCAGCUCCCCCUCUUGGCUUUAGGGGCAAGACAUCCCAGCAGCCAUCUGUUUCUGUGUCCCAAUCCACUUCCUCUUCUGCACAGUAUCAGCUCUACUCACAGUCAGUACAUGUCACACAUGGACCCAGAGACAGGUCCCCUGGACCACCUGCUGGGUCUGGAACCGGGGACCUCUCUUACUCCCAUGCUCAAGCCCACCCCUCUGUGCCAAGCAGGACUGCCUCCAGAAAGGUGAUUGGGUACACAGGGGACCUUGCAGGGGCUGGAGGAGCACCAGGAGCCAAGGCAGCAGCAUUGAGAAGGGGCUACAGCAAUGCAGUCCCACCCACUAGUGUCGCUACUGUAAUUCCACAACAGCAGCAGACUACUCAGAGCCAACCUUCCAGGAUGGACCGCAGUGCGAUAGGGGCAGGAGCAGGGGCAGGUGGCGUACAGAAAGGUGGUGCCCGGAGAGGGAAGGGGCCCUUGGUGAAGCAGUCAAAGGUGGAGGAUCUGCGUCAGGGCCAGGGCACACUGGAAGGGAAGGGGUCAGUGGAGAAGAGCUCUAUUCCUAUCCCAACCAUCAUUGUUAAAGCUCCUUCCACCAGCAGCAGUGGACGCAGUAGCCAAGGCAGCAGCAUGGAGGCUGAACCGCCUCCUCCAGGAGAGAUUGACCGUUCUAAACCCCAACCUGUUGUUCCCCCACCUGCACCCAACGUUCCACCGCCAGCCCCUCCAUCUAUACCUGCUCCCCCACCCCCAUCACUGCCAUCAUUUCGUACUCAAGAGAGUUUGGACUUCACCAGCCAGUUUGGUGCUGCCAUAGUAGGGGCAGCUCGCAGGGAUCGAGAACGAUUCCAUGAAGCACGACGGAAGAGUGCCUCCUUUUUUCUUUCUGCUGAGGAAGAGUUGGGUGGAGCAGGAGAAGUGGGAGGACGGACCCAGACUUCCCAACAGCAGCUGAGUUCCCAGCCUUCACCACGUCUGCGACCGUCCAAAUCUAUAGAUGAAGGCAUGUUCUCAGGUGAUACUUUUAUCCACCAUACACGCAGUAUGCCUCCUGCCUUCGGCCUGCCUGAGUACUCCUCACCUGCUCCUCCUGGGGAUUACCAGCCUAAGUCUGUACCUGCUGACUUCUAUGGGGCGGGAGGGCGACAACAGCAGCAGCAGCAGCAGCAAGCCUCCACCACAACUUUCAUUCACCCAUUAACGGGGAAAGUUCUGGACCCUUCAUCCCCACUAGGCUUGGCGUUGGCUGCAAGGGAACGUGCCUUGAAAGAUGAUGGUCGCAUGCGCAGGGAGAGGACCACUGAACAUCAUUUUACCCGUCAGUUGUCCAGCAUUGGGGCCUUUCCCUCGUCCACUGCACAACCAACGUCACACAUCUCCUACUCAAUGGCCUCGUCUUCCUCUGCACCCUCCUCUGCUGCUCAGUCCUCAAGCUCCUCCUCGUACCUUGUUACCUCCUCAUCACUCGCUGCCACCACUACAUCCACUCGGCCUCCAUCUCCCAGGAUCCUGCGUGGAGCAGGAAGCAGCUGGGGUGAGGAAGCAGGGGUUGGAGAGCGUGCAGAUAGGGAGGCUGCUGGCACCUCUGCUCCCAGAGAAGGCCUAAGGGUUCGUUUCUCUGAGGAUAAAACUGUCCACACGCACCACUAUCAGUCUCAGCACUAUCAGCCCACCUACAAGGAGCGCGAACGAGAGCGGCAGAGAGAGAGGUCACGAGAAAGAGAGAGGGAAAGAGAGAUAGAAAAAGCUCACGCCCAGUUACAGCAGCAGUCCACACAGCCAACGCCCCAGCAGCCUCGACGCCCCUCAUUCUUGAGGAUGGAGAGUGAGGCUGGGGCAUACAUCCUUUCUUUGACACCACCUUCUCCACCGCCAACAAAAGCCCCUACACGUCCUUCAGCAGGAGCUGCAGGUGAAGGUGCAAGUGGCACAGGUCUGAUGGUUCUUCCUCCCCCAGCUCCCUCAGUAGAUGUAGAUGAUGAGUUUGUGUUUGUUGAUCCUCUCCCUCCACCUCUGGAGUUUGCCAAUAGUUUUGAUCGUGGUUUGGGUUACUCUGCGAUGAUGUCCCACAAUGUGACAGCUCGCCAGCAGCAUCAUCCUCCACCUCCCCCGCCACCUCCUCCCCCUCCAAAAGAUUCCUUUAUGUCUGGGUUCCCACCUCACACACCCCUGCCCUCACCCCAGGCAGGAGAUUCCACAACUUCCAGCCUUACUUCCUAUGACAGUGAGGUCGCCAACCUCACCCAGUCAGCCCCAUCUCCCUCUCCAUCUUCCCCCAACCCACUACCGCCUCCCUCCCCCUCCACCUUGCAGCCCUCUGGGCCACCGCCACCUCCUUCUGUAUCACCUCCGCCACCACCCACCUCCUACCACAGACCAUUUGGCCUAUCUCAGUCACAACACUUAUACAACAGUACAAAUUCAGCCGGACGCUCCUCUUCUCCCACACCACCUCCUCUCUCUAUUCCAGCUCCACCUGCCUACCGGGGCCCUCCAACAGCAACAUCCACCCCAGCAACUUCUGUAUCUCUCAGAGGCGCCUCAACUGUAACCGCAAGCUGUUCCACAACUGCUUCUACAACUGUCGUCUCUUCUGCUACUACCGCUGCUGCCGCUGUCACACCCCACACACGCAUUGCAACUGUCUCCACAGUAGCUACAGGGGGUAGCAGACGGCCCAGCACAGAGCAUCAUCCGACACCCAGUGCAGCUGCAGCUAAGAGUGGCGAGUCUCAGGAGACAGUGGUGGAUUCUGGGAUUGAGGAGCUGGACAGCCGAAGCAGCAGCGACCAUCACUUAGACAACAUCCUUGCACUCAGUGGUAGUGGGGUCAGAGAAAGGUUGGAGAGAGCAGGGAUGGGUAGCUUAGGUGGAGUUGGAGAGAGAGGUGGGGCAACAGAGUCCGACAGAACAAGUGGGGCAGACUUUUUAGAGUCUUACAUGAGCUAUCUUGAUGGACAGACUUUUGAAAUGCACAAUGCCAAAGCCGCCAGCACCGCAUCCACCUACCCAAAAACACAGAGGUACAGAGAAGGGAGCCGGGCUGGAGAUCUUCGACGCCAAACCAGCACGGCACCCCCUGCAUACCACCGUCGUAGGGAGGAGGAAGAGGAGGAGGAGGAGGAGGCAGAAGAGGGAGAGGAGGAGGACGUGAAUGUCCGCGAUGGCUAUGGAAUGAGGCAAGGGCCAGGGAUCGCUCGCUCCUCUGUAAUGUACUUUGACCGGCCCCGCACUCCAGAGUUAAAACCUCUGUGGGGUGAUGGGUCGGCAGGAACAACGCAGUCCAUGGGGGAGGGAGGGGUCCAGACUGGGGGGACAUAUGUGGAGGCACGUAAACUGCAUCCUCCCAUGUCCGGUAUGAAGGCAAGCAUCAUCAAUGAACUCAGCACCAAAUUACAGCAGAGGAGCAAAGGAACGGAGAACUGGGGAGCUCAGAGAUCACUGAGCAGACAUAGAUACAGGUUCUCAGAGGACUCCACAGGUGCACUGAGUCCUCCCUCUGUCCGCUCUAGCUCCCCAUCUCCUGUUCAGCUCUCUCAGCCUGCCUUGUCUCCCUCCCCCACCCCUUCUUCCCAGCCGCUCUACCCAAACUGGGCUCGAUCUCCUUCCCCUCAGCCCCCUGCUGCCUCAUCCCAGCCUCCUCCCCGAUCACACUCACCUGUUUCUCCCUCUUCAUAUUCGCCGUACCCCACCUCACCCAAACACCGGCCCGUUUACCGCACCAAAGCCCUGGAGUUCCAAUUUAUACCCAGCCGAGAGUCACGUAAGGCAGAGUCGCAUUACGCUCAGCGCAGACGAGCACCCAGCCCGUUAAUUUCACCCUCUGACCGCCCCAAGCUUGGCCCUCCCCGCCCCUCUUCCCUUCCCAUUCUCCCCACCACGCCCCUCUAUAGCAGCUUGUAUGACCUCCGUGGUUCUAUUACUCCACCCUCACCUGCCAAUCCUCUUGGGGACCCCUACUUCUCUCCCUCUCCCCCUCUCUUUGCCCCCUCGGGGGCUCCACCUCCUCCAAAUUCCUCUCUGGUGGUCUCUCGCUCCUUGUCACCCACCCACUUCCUGUCAGGGACUUCAUCCCCACCACUCCACCCCAUUCCUCCACCCACUUGCCUGAGUUACCCUCACCUCCCACCCCCUUCACCCACCAAACCCUUCGCCUCCAAACCACUCCCAUACUGGACCAAGUAUGACGUUGCGGAUUGGCUGGGCUACCUGAACCUGGGUGAGCACAGGGAGCGAUUCCUAGACAACGAGAUUGAUGGCACGCACCUGCCCUCUCUUACCAAGGACGACUACCUGGACCUGGGUGUGACCAGGGUUGGCCAUCGCAUGAACAUAGAGAGGGCGCUCAGGAGAGUGAUGGACAGGACCAUCGGUAAAGAUUUUGCCCCCUUCAUCUCCCUCUGCCCAUCUGGCAUCUGUUCGUCUUCUCAGAAUGAGUGUGGGAUUCAUGCAUCAUUCAUCACAGCGCUGGCUUUACCUAAUCACCCAUAUUGGACAAAACGAUUGAAGAACUCAUUGUAUUUUUGAUGUUUAAGACUGGUAAGUAUAGCGAUGUUGAUAACAGUAAGGACAAUGAAAGAAAUUAUCAUUCUGAGAUGGAAAAAAGUUUUAAAGAAUCUCUGUCUUCCAAAUGUUUAACACGAGUUUAACGUGUAAUCAAAUCAUGCUUUCUACACAUCCUGUGUUUCCUGUUGUCUCAUCUUUCCACAGUCAAAUUCAUCAACCCAAUUCGCUUCAAUAGCAGCUGGUGUUGUACUCUGAUGAAUGGUUAAUAUUCUCACCUUCCAAUAUUGUCCACUAGGUGGAGUAAAAGUCACACAGUUCUCACCUCUGACAGUUUCAGCCGAGUGUCUGAAUGAAGGAUUGGACCAUGCAAAAGACAAUGCAAAAAAAAAAAAUUUCUGGUUGGGAAAAGGAAAUCUUUAAGUCCUCAAGCUCUGCAGCUCAGAUUGUCAAUAUUACAGCUUCUAAUAAUAGAACAGUAUUCAGACACGCUUUCACACUGCAGAGAAAUGCAUAAUCAUGCUGAGUAUACAUGCACAUUGAAGAUCACAUAGCCAUUAAAGGGUCUGGGCAGUGUGACCUAGGAAGAGGUCACGGAUCACACACAGGAGCAACUGAUGCAGUAGCCGUCCAGGGUGUGCAGAAAGCAUCUUUUUUUCUUUUAAAUUGAAGAAAAUUAACUUUGAACAGAUAAGAGGUUAUUUACAGAAUAUAUAUAUAUGUGUAUGCGAUUAUACAUAUUCAUAUACACAUAUGAAAUACAAAUGUUUUAAGAAAUGACUAAAGGUUAUUAGAAUUAUAAUAAAAGAUGCAGGAAUUA